AUGAAUUUUUCAUUCUUUAUAUUAAAAUCAUUUAAAGCAGUCGGAGCUAUUCGAUCAGCAAUCGUUGCAUUUUCUUCAUCACAAGCAAAGUUGACAAGUUCGUUGGGCAUUAGCAGUCGACAGGACAGUUUGAAAGAAAAAAAUUCGUUGAACACCGACAAAAACGUACAAAGUAAUGCAAAUAAUGUUAAUCAAGAAAAUUCAACGAGUUCAACAAAUCAACAUAGUGGCGUUAAGCUCUCUGACCUUGAACCGUCUGAAUCUUUUUUAUCAUGUUUGAAUGAUACUACGAGAUAUAACAAAUACCUUCAGGUGAAGAAAGAACUUAAAGUAUUCUUGUGGAUGUCAAAAAUUGUACCAAAAACGCUAACUGAUCUAAACUGGGAGCGUUUGUUGAAAAGGGAAACGACUUUUGAUCGUAUAAAAUAUAUUUUGUUUUUGGCUGCCAAACAAAAAAGACGUGGAAUAAAACAUCAAAUUGAAAUCGAAGAAGAAAAUGAGAAUGAAAAGCGAGCUCAAAUAAUCAGAGAAGGCGGAAUGGCAUAUGGAUCAGGAGGUUAUCGUAUGCAACCCAAUCCUUAUAGACAUAAACGUGUAAUUUGGUUGACUGAAGCUGCGAAAAUGUUUAUGUCGAUGAAAAUCGAUGAAAAACCACAUAUUGUCUUUGAUAUGGAGAAUUUCAAAAAUUUGAAACAUCGAAAUCAAUUUGCCAUAGCGGAUUCGAUGAAUGCAGUUAUAGCUGCAAAUUUUGACUUGAAUGUUCCCUUUCAAAUAACAUUUGCAAAUUUUUAUGAUAGCGACGAUUCUCCUGAACGAAAUUGGGCUAUCAAUGAGUUUUUUGCUGCUUAUUCAACUAAAUUUGCUAAUGCAAGAAUGUUGCCUGAUUGGACCUCUCGUAGUGUAAAAGAAUUGUAUCCUCAUUUCAAGAAAGGAGAUUUUGUUUAUUUUAGUGGCAAGGCCAAAUCUAUCUAUGAUGGCCCUCUGCGACACAAAGUAUUUAUAAUUUGCGGUGAGCAUGAAUUUGGUAAAAUUUCAUUAGCAGCUGCUCGAAAAUCAAAGAUUGAAGCCUACCGAUUACCGCUCGACCGUUAUGUAAAGUGGGAGCAAGGUCAUAAAUUUAUGCCAUUUGUGAACUUAAUUAGAACUCUUGAUUUUGUAUGGUUUAAUAAUGGUGAUUGGAGAUCAGCUGUGCGUGAUAACAUAUCUAAACGAUACAUAAAACCGCGAGAUCCUCGAUUAGAAUCAAUAAAAACAUGUGAUAGUAGUAAAUUAUCAUUUGUGAAUGAUGUGGUAAGAGUUGUAGAAGAAAUGGAUAACGAGUAA